UGGUAGAGUGGGAACCAAUCAAAUAUCGCGACGUUUCGCCCCAAAGGUUGCAAGAACAACCAGCAGCGAAAGGGCCGUCGAUGGAGCGAACGCCGCCGUCACCCACGCGAGCGCCGGCGGCGGGGUCCCCAACGCGCUUGUCACCGAAGAAACCUUCCAUCAAGGACAUCGCAUCAACCGUACCGGACAUUCCGUUGGACUACUCGUUCAUGAACUUAUCGUUUAUUUUGGACAUUCUCAAGGAAGAGCCUGUGUCAGGAAGGAAGAAGGCUGAAAAUGCUGGCGUGGCGAUUGCGCCGCUUCCAGUCGCCAUGGACGCCGCCACGACGGGGUCGUCUCCACGCACUCCAUUCAAGCCCCCUGUGUCGAUUCGACUGAACAACAACUCGCUGACCCACAUCGAUGACUUGGACAAAGCCCUCGACGCCGUCUUCGUCACACCUGCUCGACUGCAAUGGAUCGACCUGAGCGGCAAUGCCAUCGAAAGCCUUCGCGCGAGCUCGUUUCUGCCCUACUUGGAGCUCACGACCGUGCAUUUGCAUGCCAACGAGCUGUGCAAGUACACGGACAUUGACGGUCUUGCGGUCCUCACGAAGCUCCGGCACUUGACUUUGCAUGGUAACCCCGUGGAAGAGAAGAAGCACUACCGCAACUACACCAUCUACCACAUCCCGUCGCUCCUUGAACUCGACUUUAGUUGUGUCACCAAGCUCGACCGCGAGCGGGCCGAGACAUGGAGCAUCACGUAUCGCAAGAAACUUGCGCGGAGGCGAGGCGAAGACGUCGACGACUGAUGUACCGAUCCGCUGCGGGCUGGACUGAUGUCGACAGUUACACUUUGUCCUUGCUGGCAGGCUUAUUGUUUUAAACAGUUAAUCUCAUACAAUAUCCAAGUAUACAAUUGUCA